AUGCAUGAUUCUGUUAAUACUUUGUUGAAAGAAAGCUUGGAAGAGGCCUUGAAAUAUUGGUACAGUGUGAGACAGGAUUACUAUAUGCAAAGGUCCAGGGAGAAUAUUUUAACUUUUGAUGAUAAAAAUACAAAGUAUUUUCAUGAUAAGGUUAAACUUAGAAAAAGAAGAACACAAAUUGAGUGUUUGAAAAGAAACAUAGGAAUUUGGAUGACUGAUAAGAGCAUGAUAGCUACUGAACUUAGAGACCAUUUUAGUAAAAUGAGUAGAUCUAUUAAUCCUCCUAGUGAUAGUAGUUUCCUUGAAGUUCUGAUGAACCAUAAUUUCAUUUCUCUUAUCCCUAAGAAUAAUGCUCCUAAAACACCUGCUGACUUUAGGCCUAUAAGUUUGAGCAAUGUAAUCUACAAGAUAAUCUCUAAGCUUUUAGCUAGUAGACUCAAAAUUGUCAUGGAUAAAUUUAUUAGCCCAUAUCAAGCAUUUUUUCUGUCCUCUAGGAAAGUGACAGAUAAUAUUGUUAUUGCUCAUGAACUUGUAGAUACUAUGAGGAAGAAUAGAACCAAAUCAGGAUUAAUGGCUAUUAAACUUGACAUGUUUAAGGCUUUUGAUACGAUUGAAUGGAAGUUUUUGAUUGAUAUUUUGAAAAAACUUGGAUUUCAUGAACAUAGGUUUAAUCUUAUACGACAAUGUGUGUCUGCAGUCUCUACUUCUAUCUUUCUAAAUGGCUAUCCUGGUGAAGUUUAUUAUCCUACUAGGGGUCUUAGACAGGGAUACCCCUUGUCCCCGUAUUUGUUCAUCAUUUGUAUAGAUGUUACUUUCAAGGGGGCUAGGAAAUCUAUGCUAGAUAAAUUCAGUAAGUACUCUGGCCAAGCUAUAAAUUUUGAGAAAUCAGGGAUAGCUUUUAGCCCAAAAACUGAACCUAUAAAUAAAUAUCAGAUACUUUCUAUCCUUAAGAUUAAAAACCUAGGACUGGAUGACAAGUACUUAGGGGUCCCAUUGCUUCUGCAGAGAAACAAAAUGGAUUCAUUCAAACACUUAGAAGAAUCUUGUGAAAAAAGACUAGACACUUGGCAAGGUGGUCUUAAUAUAAGAAAAACUGAGUACCUUGAUACUGCUCUCCUGGAAACGUUUGCUUGGAUAAUGUUAACUGAACCAGAUGCUCUUUGGGUUCAAAUUCUCAGGCAUAAAUAUUUUCCUAAUUCUAAUCCUCUUCAUGUUGUUAGCACAGAGUCAGUUUCUUGGGUUUGGAAGGGAAUUUGUAGAGGUCUUGAUCUAAUCAGGAAACACUAUUGUUGGGAGGUUGGGGAUGGUUCUUCCAUUGAAAUUUGGAAGGACGGACGGGUACCAAGUAAAGAUACUUUACUGAGUAGUACUAUUGCUUCUAAUGGUAUGAAAACUAUUAAUCAAUUGUUGGUACAGGGAACAGGUGAGUGGAAAGUAGACACUUUAAACUGUCUAUUUGAUAGGGAAACUGUCACUGAAGUUUGUAAGAUAAGAGUCCCAUUCUCUGGUAAGGAUAUACUCAAAUGGUCUCCAACUCAUAAUGGUCUUUUUAGUGUUAAAUCUGCUUAUAAAUGCAUUCUGCAUGAUCUGAAUGGUACUGAAACUAGCUCUUUCCCUUGGAAAGCUUUGUGGAGUUUAAAUCUCCCACAAAAACAUGAUAUUAAAACAGCCAACCAUCUUUUUGUUGAAUGUGAAGUGACUAAAAGAUUAUGGUUUGCUCUUGAUGCUAAUAUUGCAGGAAGUAUUGCUACUACUAACUUGCAGGAUUGGAUUACUAGCUGGUUUCAAACCACUAAUGCAUCAGGAACUAAUCAUGAGAAAUAUGUCCAGUUUGCUAGCUUUGCAAUCUGGCAGAUGUGGAAACUGAGGUGCUCUGUGGUAUUUGAUAAUGGAACAGUUCAUGCAGUUAAAUUAGUGGCCUAG